AUGGAGACGAAUCGACCACCAUCGACGGCCAAGUGGGUGAGUCGACGCACGCUUGACAGUCAGGCGAACAACCGUGAAAAUAGCGCAGUACUGGCGCACCCACGCGGGUCUAAUUCAGACAACAACCCGAACAACGCGAGCCGUCACCAGGGCGCGGAGAAGCGCAAGUAUAGGCACGCGCCGGACGCGGUCAUAGCAGCAAUCGCUCGUGGCAGCGGCAGUGUUGGUGGCGCCGCUGUCGCUGACAACGCGCCGCCCGCACCGCUCCACACGAAUAGCGGCGGCGGCAGUAACCGGUUUGGCACCAGCGGUAGUUGGGGCAGCCAUGGCUCCUACUCGAACUCCACCAACAGCGAACUCAAUCACCAGGGUAGCAUGUUCGGCAUUAACACCCUCAACGCUCAUGGUCCACAUGGCAAUGGCAAUCAUAACGGCAAUAGCGGUGCCCGUCGGGGCUACAGAGAGGCAACAGAGCCGACAAUCCCGCCACCACCGCGCAGCGUGCAGAUGGGGCAGGGUACCUUAUCUGCCCAAGCCACCGCGGCAACCUCGCGGGAUUUUAUUCCGCAGCCGCGUCACGCGAAGGUGAAUAGCAGCGGCAGUAGCCACUCCCGGAAGUCUAUGGAAGCAUCCCCGCCUCCUCCUGGCGCCGCGCCUUCUGUGCCUCUGGCGCCUUCUGCCACCCUCAGCCCCGGUUCUUCUCCAGCGCCUCGCUGGGGUUUUAACGCCACCCCGACCCCUCGCAGCGCGAACGGCGGCGCAAAAACGCCCAAUGCGCCCCCACUGGCUUAUAUGUCCACCUCCCACUUUGAUGCGCUGGCGGGAGUCCUCGUUCCCAAGCCAGCCACAUCCUCUCUGGCCGCAAAGGCGGCAGAAGGUGGUGACCCCGAGGCAACUGCUGCUGCGCAUGCGCCACCGUCUUUGUCGGGUGCACCGCUGGCCUUCCCAGCGACGGCGACGACCGCCAACACUUGCCUUGCCUCGGCCACCCCAAGCGCAUGCGCUUCAGCGCCACCGAGGCCCUCCGCCGGCAUCGCUAGCGCCGUAAAUGCCGAGCCCUCGCCUCUUGAUUCGUUUUGCAUCGGUGAAAAUCUGGGGUUUAGCACCUCCGCCUUUGGCGGGUCGCUGCACUCGCAGCCAUCUGAGAUAGAAACGCUGCUCAGUCAGGUGGAGUGCAACACAGGGAUACUGCCCGCGGGGGCCCCAAGUGAGCGUGCGAUAGGCAGUUCGCUGCGCGAGUGGCGUUCAGUGACUGACUGGGGCAUCGAGGAGGCGAUACGGACGGUGCUGCCGGGGAUGGACGAGGACGAGAACUCGGACAACAUACAGGGCCUGAAUUCAUCGUCUGGCGGCAUGGCAGCUAUCACCGGCAGCUGGCACACGUCCGGCGAUGUCAAGGCACACCUUGUCUCCAGCGACGGCGUCGGUAGCCUUCUCGCCGACUUCCCCACCUCGUUUGCAGCGUCCUUCUCAGAGCCGGCAGGCUCGUUACCGCCUUUGCCCUUCCCUGUCGACGCGACCUCGAACACAAUUGACAAUCUCAGUCGGGCCUUCAGCACCGCUGCUCGUGUGGACUCCAACUCCUUCACUAUGUCGCCAUCCACCACGGCGGCGACCCCGCUGCAGCGACCUCUGACGUCGCCAGGGGUGCGCUUGCCACCUCGCACUACACCGGUCGAAGCGAUGUCAAUGCCACCUUCGAUGAGGGAUUCGGCAAACCCUAGCUGCAGCCCUUACACGGCUCUCAAGACGAUGCAGCCGCCGCCGGCCCGGCCUACCAAGACAGAGUCCUCAAUGCGCGUCGAAGAUAUCCUGCCCGGCCCAGGGCCAGGCGGCAACGGCGAGCUCUUCACUCUCUAUUCCCUGUCACCGCCAACAACUACGUCUCCGUGGCUCUCGUCAGGGAUCGGCGAGGCAGCGACAUCAAUGGCGCCUGUGGGACGCACAGGCGAUUCUUUGACUGCCAAGCCACCUGCGCGCCGCUCACCACGCACGAUUAUGACUCGGCCAGAGGGGCUGCAAGCGAUUCCAUUGAAGGAAGGCAGCAUGGGCAGCAAUGGGGGGCUGACGACGACCACCGGGAGCACCACAAGUCCUGCUUUGGCAGCGGCCCGCCAGUCCAGCACUUCCAGCCACUGCGGCUCAGCGCCCAAUACACCGUCUCUGCGGAAGGAGCUCUCGACGCCUCUGUCAGGAAGUCGCUCACAGCCCUACACGCCAGGCGGCUCGCGCCCGCAGCGCCCGUCCCUCUCCGCCCCGCUCGUCAACCGGCACACCAUCACCCACAUCUUCCGCGAGACGCCACAGUCGCUGCGGCGCAGGGAGCGUAUGGAGCACAACCACCAGCACAGCGACCAGGCUCUGUGCAAGGAUUUCCACUGGCCCCCGCAGGAUGAGGCCGACGUGGAGCACAUGCUGCGGGAUCGGAACGCGACAAAGCUGCUGCGUCACCUCACCAUAAUCAGCUUCUCCCGGCAGCACGUCAGUGGGGUGCAGGAGCUGUUCGACACAUGGGCCAAGAAUGGCAUUCCAGCGCCGGACAUGGGCUUCGGUGCAUACUACUUCUACGUAAAGGAGAAGAGUGAGAAGCUGCUGUGCAUGAAACACAACGGCCGCGGUGCCUCACCGGGCCACGGCUACGGGCGGUGCGACUUCGAGAGUCGCCGCCCGUACAGCACGUGCCGCUACGAGCACGUCUGCCUUUUUUGCCGCUCCAAGGAGCAUGGCUGGUUCGAGGAGGGCAAGUGCCAAGGCUACCAGCAGCUGCUGGCUGAGAUGGAAGACUUGGGGGUCACUGAAGAGGACGUCGUGACGCUGCUGAACGCGAUGGAGAGGCCGGCAAAGUCAACGCGGUCCCGGUAG